AUGAUUUGCUCUUUAAUUACAUCCUUUCUGUUGCAGACAAGGAGAGCUGAGGUAAAGUUAGCAGUGUCGAUGGUGGAACACAAUGUGCCAUUUGCAGUAGCCGAUCACUUCAGCCCAUUGCUGAAAGAAUGCUUCAAAGAUUCCCCUACUGCACAGAGCUUCAAGGCUGCAAAACGCACAAAAAUGUCCUGCAUAAUAAAUGAAGCAGUGGCUCCUCACUUUAGAAAGGAACUGGUCAUGAAGAUGAGGACCAAUCCUUUCACGUUGAUCACAGAUGGAUCAAAUGAUACAGGACGUGAGAAGAUGAACCCGCUCACUGUGCAGGUAUAUGACAUGGAUCUCUGCAAAGUUGUCCACAGGUUCCUGGAUAUGUGCCCCACCAGCGGGCCAAACUGCGGCACAGCUGAAGUCAUCUACAAGAAGAUGGAUGAGGCCAUGCAGAAAAACGCCAUACCAUGGAGAAACUGUGUCAGUCUGUCAGUUGAUAAUGCCCCUGUCAAUACAGGAGCAAGGAACUCCAUCGCAUCCAGAGCUCAUCAAGAACAUGGCAGUAUCUACAUCCAUGGGUGCCCUUGUCACAUCAUCAGGCCAAACACUGCCAAACAGGCUGGCCAGGCCUUUUUGGAGGUGUGUGGAUUUGAUCCAGAGGAUCUCGCUGUGGAUGUUGGAUAUUGGUUUAAAGGAAGCACCAAUCGCAAAGGUUACCUAACAGAAUUCUGUGAGCUCCAUGGAAGUGAGUAUAUGGAAAUGCUCAUGCACGUUUCUGUUCGAUGGUUGAGCCAGGAGAAGUGUUUGACUCGUAUCCUGCAGCAGUAUGAGCCACUGGCCAGCUACUUCAAGUCAUUAAGUAGGCAUCACAUUUUAAUGAUGCAAAUGCAUGGUUAUUAGAGCAGACUGAAAAGUAAAUAAAGUAUGUAGUAUGCACAACCAUUUUUUUCUCUCUUUUUCCCACAGAUGA